AUGACUACUGCGAUGGCAGCUCACCAGGAAUCGAUACACGAAAGACUGCAACCUGGACCGGAGGAACCAUUGUAUUUACACCAUGGAGGGGCCUGGAAUACAGAGAACUCAGAUCAUCAAGAAGAGCACAGCACUGAUAUGUCACCUUACUACAAUAUGCCAAAAAGAAAUAAGCGGAAGAAUUUUAAGCCGAGAUGUGCUCCCAAUACAACUACGUUCUCUGAUGAUUCCAAUGGAGCGAACUGUGAAACAGGCAGCCCUUUGAAUGGAAACGAUAGGACGACUCCGGAACAGAAUGCAGAGGAUGAUGCAGAUGAAGCAAGUUACGCUAAAAUAGGCGUCAAAAACUUUAGUCUUUUAAAAGGCGGUGCCGUUGAUCUAAGUCGAAGGCUAAGCACUGACUCUAAUGAAAAUAUAGAAACGAAUUACCAAAAUAAUUUAUCAGAAGACAAAAAGGUAGACUCGUUUCAACGUUCAUAUAUACAUAGCUUACAAAUUAACCAGGACGUUGAGAGGGAUCGUACCAUUUUAAAUUUUAAUAAUUUACAAAAUAAAACUUUCUGUGCCAAAAAUCCGUUUGCUAUAUCGCAGUUAAUCAAAACGAAUUCGCCUCCUCGAAGAAGGGAGUCGGAUUCUGAUGAAGAAGUCAAAGGUCAAGAUAUUAACGCCAAUGAGAGAAUUGAAAAUCAAGAGAUAGCUGAGCCAGUGGAUAAUCAACAGAAUGGUGAUACGUCUAAUACUACCAAUAGGAUUUUAAGAGACUAUGCAAUGAAUACGAUGAAGGAAUUACUUGGAAUUUAUGGUUUAUCAUCUAAUGAAGUUGCUGACGCCAUAAGUGGACAGAUAAGAGCGUUGGAGGCGCUCCAAGGUAAACCAUUCACGCAACUACCUCUAAGCCUCAAACGUCGUCACGAUUCAGGAGAUGGUACCGACAGGAGUUUAAGGAGAUCCUCAUCAGCUACAGAAGAUGAAGGAUCUACUAAUUUCACACCACCGAAAACACCAGAUGAUGAUAUUGAAGCCCAAAGGCAAAGAGCAUUACAGAUACUAAAUCAACAGUCAUUAAGACUAUUCAGAACUCAAGGCCAGGAAGAAGAAGCUAGUUCGGAUGAUGGAGACCAGACCCUAGACCUUAGCGUCUCCAGAGAUACAGAUGGACAGGAACAGUCGACAACGUCCAGUGCCGGCAACAGCGUGUCAGAGUUCGAACAACAAAACAUGUUAAUGAGAAAAAAUCUGGAAGAUUUAGCUAAUUUACAAAUGCAGAAUUUCUUCCAAAAACAAUCGAUGAUGGACGCUGACGAUUCUCAAGAAAGAAAACUUCAGGCCAGCGGUUUGCUGUCAGCCUUGAAUCAUUUGGAUCAGGCGCGUAAGAACUCCAUGCAAACGACCGUGGAUUACUCCAGAUAUGUCAAAAGAUAUAGUUCAACAUUAGAAUGUGGUUCGUCCUAUUGCAAAGACUUGGGUUACAGAGAACAUUUUCAUUGUAUGGACUGCACUGCCAGAGUUUUCUGUAAGAAGGAGGAGAUGAUCAGGCAUUUUAAGUGGCACAAAAAACGAGAUGAAUCCUUAGCGCAUGGUUUCAUGCGUUAUUCACCGCUGGACGACUGCUCCGAGCGGUUCACUGACUGUCCUCACAAUCGGAGUCAGACUCACUACCACUGCAUACAAGAUGGCUGUGAUAAGGUAUACAUAUCAACAUCAGACGUACAAAUGCACGCAAACUACCAUCGCAAAGACUCAGCAAUACUCCAAGAAGGCUUCCAAAGGUUUCGAGCCACUGAAAAUUGUGCGGCUCCACACUGUAUAUUCUCAGGACAAAGGACCACUCAUUUCCAUUGCAGACGACCUGGAUGCACAUAUACGUUUAAAAAUAAAGCUGAUAUGGAAAAACAUAAAACAUAUCACAUAAAAGACGAAGCACUAUCAAAGGAUGGCUUCAAGAAGUACAUGAAGAAUGAAGCAUGUCCAUACAGAGACUGUCGGUUUAGCCGCACUUGUAACCAUAUACAUUGUAUUCGACCGCAUUGCAAUUACGUACUGCAUUCGAGCAGUCAGAUCUUCACCCAUAAGAGGAAACAUGAGAGGAAGGAACAGGAGAUGAGCUUUGGGUUACCGACUUCUAUGAUACAAAAUGCUCUAAUGCAACAAGGAACUGAUCUCAGUAUGUACUCGCCUGGAAGCAAUCUUCACGAUGAUGACUUGUCCAGUUCUAUGAUGGACAGUGAUUAUCCAUAUAACCCAGCACUAGUAGAAGAGGUAUCAAGGAAGUACAUAGAAACAUUCAAUGGCGGUAAAGACGCAGAGGACAAGUGCAGUAAAUGCAGUGGAUUUAACAAACACUACCAUUGUUUAGCUGAAGGGUGCAAACUGGCUCAUAGCUGUCACAACACCAUGAUCAAGCACGUGAUGGAGCACGAGCAGCAGAACCAAGUGACUGAGGCGUACUUCGUGACGUACUCGCGCCACAGCCCCUGCGCCAGCUCCGCCUGCCAGCACAUCCGCGACAUCACACACUAUCACUGUACUUGGGAAAAUUGCGGGGCAGUGAUAUUAUCAUCAGAGGAGCAACCGUUCAGACGUCUCGAGCACCAUCGUCAACACGCCCUCUUAAGCCCGAUGUCGCCAAACUUGGCUGCCAGAUUCGCACCAAGCUUUACCCCACAAUUAUCUGCCCAAUUGCAUCCAAACAUGGCGGCACAACUUGGCCAAGUGCCAAGUUUGCCAAACUUGCCACCAAACUUGGCACAAUUGGCACAAAUGGCGCCUAAUUUGACGUCACAAUUGAAUCCAAAUUUGCAAGCGCAAUUAAGUCUUGGGCCCAACCCCGGCAUAGUGCCUCAACAAGUGAAUCCAUCAAGUUCCUUAGACGAAAUGUUUAGUAGAAAAAGAGGAAGACCACCAAAGAAUCGCGUUGUCGAAGUUUGGACUGACAAUGUGACCCCUCAAGCAAUUUUCACGUCAUUCAAACUGCCAAAGAGCAACCAACUACCUCCUAUCAUACAGUCACCGGUCAUACCCACUGUAGAGGAAUUUCCUCGCAUCAGAUUUCAACACUUCGAAGUAUUCACAACACCUGAUAAUUGCCCUCAAUAUUACCAGAAUUGCCACUUAAAAUCCACUAGGCUACAUCUCCAUUGCUUUAACUGUAGCUUUACCGCUGAAACCCAUAGCACAAUGGAAACUCAUAUGAGAGAAUCCCACUCAAUUUCUCCUCUUUUAGAGGGCUUUGACUUCUUUACCUCUUUCGAUCAAUGUGGAGGAAAAAGUUGUUUCAAAAACCAACUGAGAACUCAUUUCCAUUGCAUCCAAGGCAAUAGUUGCCCAGCAAUUUUGACUCAAUACUCAGCGUUAGUUACUCAUAAACAUGUCGCAGUCAAACAUGAGAUAGAAAAAGAAUUUGAAGAAGCAAAGGACUACUCGAUAAAGGAAAGAGCGUCAGCAGAUAGUGUGGCGUCGUUAAAAGAGCAGAGCGAAUAUCCACCAACAAAUUUCUCUAUUAAAAGUGAAUUUGAAAGAGAACAAGAUAACGUUUCGGUAGUAAAAGCGGCGGGAACAUUCUAUCCAUCCUCUCAUCUUCGAAGCAACACGUCGUCUCCACGAAGCAUUUACGAGUCUCCCUCAAAAGAUAUCAAGCAAAGGGACUUUGAGCAAAAGAAAUUCGAGCCAAAAACCUCAGGACCAACAAUUCCACCAUCUUGUCAUGAUCAGACAUGUCCAUUGAACAAAAACGCGGGAGGAAUGAACUUACAUUAUCAUUGUCCAAAUUGUACUCAAGCGUACGUUGAUCUGAAGUUGCUGUUCAGUCAUAUGGUGAAGAAACAUAGCAAUAUGGAUCCAGGUCCUGUUGGAUUGGCAGCUACUAAGGAGACAUUGGAGAGGGAAUAUCCUGAAAUAUCAAUUUUACCAUCAACCGCGUCCUCAUCCAAUACACAGGCACCUUCGCCCAGCCAGCGACCGCCCAAUCCGGCAGAACAAGUGCAAGCCGUCCAAAGUCUGCUUCUCCAGCAGUAUUUAGCGGGAGGUCGUAAGGGAAGUCUUCAGGAACAGCUGAAGAUGCAGCAACAAUACACAGCAUCUCUCGCAGGACUGCCGGGACUUGCGCAAGUCGCUUUGUUCUCUCAAGGUGGCUCCGCCUUCCCACUGUACCCUACAAUGUUGUACCCACCAGAGCUACUUCUAGAACAAAGUCUGCUCCAAGGGCACGGCAUGCCGCCGGGACUUGACAAAGAAGCCGAACUCAUCGCUAAAACCAGACGCACGCACACGCCGCGCGGCCCGCACAUGCGCGUGCUCAAGGACGAGCCCAUCCCGGAGGGGUACCUGCGCUUCCGCUUCAACGAGGACUGCGCUUAUCAACAAUGUGGUUAUAGGGAGCAUCAAACCCACUUCCACUGCACUAGAAAAGACUGCGGCUAUUCCUUCUGUGACAAAACUCGGUUCGUCCAGCACACGGCAAGACAUGAACGACUAGACACGUUAAUGGGCGGCGAUUUCCAACAGUACCGCGCCAACGUGUACUGCCAGCGCCCAGACUGCCCCCACGCCUCUACUUUCGGUAAGCAUUGGACAGGACAAAACAAAGCGUCCCAUUUCCACUGCCUCAAGUGUGACUUCGUCUGCACCGACACCAACAAGGUGGUCGCCCACAGGCGGCAGCACCAGAAACUGGAUAACAUUCAAGCCGCUGGCUUCGAGAAGUUCCAGCCUAGCAAAGGUUGCGGCUAUGAACCACAGUGCAUUCACAGCAAGAAACAAACCCACUACCACUGUCUUCAAUGCGGGUUCGCAGUGCUCGGACUCUCACAGAUGACAUCACACAAGUACAAGCACCAGGAAGCAAACCUUGGACCUUCCACUAGUGCGAUUAAU